AUGAGCGAUGAAAAUCUUCCUCUGAUUAGCUAUCGAAGGUUAAAAUCAAAGGAUGAAGAAGAACUCGCUCGGUUAAAAUACGCGCUCGUGGACAGCGAAUAUGGAUUUUUCCAGUUGGUCGUCGACGACGAUUCAGACGACACGAGUAAAUUCGGGAAAGAUAUCAAACGAGUUUACGAUUCUGGAAGAAAGUUCUUCAAAGAACUCAGCGAGGACGAGAAGAAGCAAUACGUACACACGCAAUACGAGACGUUUGAGACCGGUGGGUACGUUCCUUUAUUCGAAGAGUACGCGUAUAAAGCGAACGAAAUCGCGUGCGUGGAGUCUUUUGAUUUGGUCAGAGAUAUCGAAGAAAAUGAGAAAGAUGAAGAAGACGAAAAUAAUGAAACAGAUGAUGAUUUUACGAAACAACCAUCCGGCGCGAGAGGAAGAAUCGAUUGGCCCGUUGAAGUUCCGGAGAUGAAAAAUGCGUUCAACAUCUUUUACCGAAAAUGCGACGAGAUCGCGCGAGUUUUGUUCUUGUCGUUUGCAAAGGCACUGUCUAUAAAAGACGAACGCGCGUUUGAGAAGCACUUUUCGAGAGAUUCUCACUGCGCCAUGCGGUUCAUGCGAUAUCCUAAUAAUGAUAAUAAUAAUAAUAAUAAUAAUAACGAUAAGAAGAAGAACAAGAGCAAGUCUAGCGACGACGCAAAAGAGGUGGGCGUGUCAGAACACACGGACUUUGAGAUGAUGACUUUCUUGCAUCAGAAUGAACGCGGUUUGUACGUGAAGAAACGGAGAGGAAAAAACAGAGACGAAGAAGGCGAAUGGAUGUCUGCCCCAGUUUUGCAGGAAGACGAGGCAAAGUUUUUAGUAAUCAUUAGCGAUGGAUUAGAAGCGUUCACGAAUGGAACGUACAAAGCGACACCGCAUCGAGUAGAGCGACCCGAGAACAGGGAAAGAUUUUCCAUCGUUCGCUUUAACGGUGUCAACGCGGAGACGCAGGUAAACCCGUUGCCUGACUUUGUUGGAGCUAAAAGAAAGCGAGGUGAAGCGAUGACAACACAGCUCGAUUUAAUCACGACAAAAGUUAAAGAAGCGGAUAGAAAUUUGAAAGACCUCGUGAAAAGAAAGAAACAUCCCAAGGAGGCGUUAACGGCAAACCCCGAACGGUUCGCUCAACUCUUAAUUUUGGCGAAAGACGACGACGCGCAGUGGCAUAUUUGCUUAGCGUUACACAAAUCGGGAGAGUUCGCAGAGCGAUACACCGGUUUCAUAGGAAAAGUAGAAACGUGGUACGACAUUAAUGCGUUAGCAGAAACGUCAAUUUUUGCCGCCUGCGAAGCCUUGGAAGAGAACAUUACUAUGCCGGAAAAUGCGAAAGCACGGGUCACUGAGAAAGCUCGAUUUCGAUUUCACGGAUGGUUAAAAGAGAGCAAGGUGGCGAUUGAACACGAGUGCGUGUUGAUUUUAAACAACUCGAGAGAAAAAGAAGCGUUAUUGAAAGAUUACACGGAGUUGAGUGUGUCCGCCAAGGAAACAAUCCGCGUGAUUCCCAAAUGGUUCAAAGUUGAAGACAUACCGUAUGCAGAAAUGCCCGAAGACGAUAUGCACUGGUAUCCGAAGGUGAUAGAGGCGUCAAUCGUCGACGAGGAGAAGAAGAUUCACGGCGGCUAUUUCACGUUUGACGAAGCCUCUGGCGCGUUGAAAGAAUUUGAAAUCAAGACGUAUCCGAAAGUGUAG